AUGAAAACUGAGCUUCACGACAGAGACGAAUUAGGACCUCCAAGACAAAAAGUGGCAAACCAUCAAGAACCAAAUGAGACGGACGCUACGCCUGUAAACAUCAUCUCUGACCCUGCAUCUAUGGAUAUGGACCAUCUCUUAGAGGAAACCCUGCCAGAGGACAUUGAGGUACCUCGUCCGUCUCCCAAGGAGGUAAAUGAUUUUGUAGAAGACAUGCUGAUCAAUAUGGAACCAAUGGAGGUGGAAUAUCGUUGUGUGACCAAUCUGUCAAAGGAACCAGUGGAGGCAGUCGCCAAAGAAAAAUCAUUAAGCGGAGGCGGCCGGCGGAGGCGGCCGGCGCAGGAACGGCGGCCGGCGCAGGAACGGCGGCCGGCGCAGGAACGGCGGCCGGCGCAGGAACGGCGGCCGGCGGUGCAGGAGCAGAGGCGGCCGGAACAGGAACGGCGGCCGGCGCAGGAACGGCGGCCGGCGGUGCAGGAGCAGAGGCGGCCAGAACAGGAACGGCGGCCAGCAGUGCAGGAGCAGAGGCGGCCAGAGCAGGAACGGCGGCCGGUGGUGCAGGAGUGGAGGCGGCCGGAGCAGGAACGGUGGCCGGCGGAGCGGCAUGAGGAGCAGGAGCUGGGCAGGCUGAGCAAAACUCCACCAGACCCAGCUGAUGGAGGUGAGCGGACCAGUACUCCAGCUCCAAAAGGAGUCAGAUGGCCACUCCGAGACGCCGAGAGAAUGAACGCUGCUCUUGUGAUUACUGUCCUUGGCCUGGUUGUUGGUGAAAAUCCAGCCAUCUGCGUUUUUCCCUGUCAGAGGACGGCAUCCAACAACGCAUUCAACAGAUUUGUUCGCAAACACGUCCUCCAGGCUGCAUUUGACACUAAUUCAAAGACUGAAUGGGAAAGGUACUUGAGAAACUUAAAUCUCUGUGACAGACCCAGGCAGUCCUUUGUGAGGCGCGGAGACCAACAAAGUUUCGUGGAGAUCUGCAACGGCAACGGGAAGCGUCAGAAUGGCAACCUGUGCACCAGCACCCGCUCGGUUCAGCUGUACGAUCUCAGAAUCCGUCAGAGUCGUCAAGGUUGCAUCGUUACCAAUUUAAGACACGCACUUCGAUAUGUGACUGUCGCUUGCGACAAAGUCGACAACCUCUGCCGUCCUGUUCACUUUGACAGCAGCCAACCCAACAGACCGAGCCGCAGAGCUCAGAGCUGCUGAAAUCUGGAUGUAACGCCGAAACGUAACGCGUCUUUGAUUGGUUUAGUGUUUGAUUCAUCCAUAUGUGGUCUUUGGUUUGGUUUGCCUUUUUAGCUGUGAAAGAAAGUGCAUUAUUUCUUAUAUUUCAAUGUUUAUGCUCAUUUUUGUCCUUCUAAUGUAUUUCUGUUAGUCAUGUUUUCUCAGCCUUUGUUCUGUUUUAGUUUAUGGGUUUUCUGUUUUUCU